AUGAUGAUUGAUGGCCCGUGGUGCAUUGGAGAUGACUUCAAUGUUAUUCUGGAUCCGGAAGAGAAACAGGGAGGUCGGCCUCACAGAAUGUAUAAAAGUUUAGACUUCAGCUCCUGCAUGAACAACUGUGAAGUUAAGGAUUUGGGCUAUGUUGGGCGUAAAUUCACUUGGUGCAAUAAUUGGGAGGCUAGAAGAAGAGUUUGGAAGAGGCUUGAUAGAGUCUUUGCUAAUUACUCGUGGUGCCAGCUUAUGCAAAAUAAUGUUGUCAAGCAUCUCCCAAGAACUGGUUCUGACCAUAGACCUUUACUUCUCAAGUGCUAUAAUACAAACAACAAUGGCAUUAAGUACUUCAAAUUCUUGGACUUCUGGGUGGAGCAUCCUUCCUUCAUGAACCUGGUAGAAGAUAUGUGGAACUCUAAUAUUAGUGGGAAUGCAUUGUGGAUACUUCAACAGAAACUAAAAAGACUUAGCAAAAAGCUUACACGAUGGUCUAAGGAGGAGAUUGGAAAUGUGUAUGAGCAUGUUCAACACUGGGAAGCCAAAAUGAAUGUCCUUGAAGAACUUGAUCUACAACACAAUGCUGACCUAUCUAGAGAAGAGCUUAAUAGAGGGCAAGCUGAAUACAUCAAAUAG